AUGUCCUCAGGCAAUCUUCUCGGAAACCUCAACCAGGUAUGCAUUGCUACACCAAACUUUCACGAAACCCUCGACAGAUUAGGCAAGGUCGGCAUGGGUCCUUUCCAAGUAUACCACUUCAAUUCCGAAACUGUUUCGGAUCAGAAAUACUACGAUGAGGAAGGACCAGAUCUAUAUGAAAUUGAUGUCGCCUUCGCGUAUAAUUCCGAUUCAAAGGCGCCGGUCAUUGAGGUUAUGAGCCCCAUUAAAGGAAAGUCAGCUCUCAAGGAUCGCUUGGACGAGGAUGGCAACAAAGCAGAAGUGCAGAGCAUUGCUUUCACCAUGGAUACCCUAUCAAUGGACGAACGGAUAGAGGAGAUGAGGAAGAGAGGCUUCAGGCCGUCUACUCAGGGUUACUUCUUGGGCAAGAGAGGGGGAACAAAAUUUUGUUUCUUUGAUACUGAUGAAAAGGGCAUCCCAACUUGCUUCGAGACCAUUGAAUGGUCAAGUGAUUGGGUAGCGCCUGACUGUGAAUGGUACCCAAGGCCGCCGGCAUGA